AUGCUGGGUAAACGAUUCCAAUCAACAAUUUCUAGAUUCCCAUACCCUUCAAAAUCACAACAAUAUCGAUAUUAUGAAUCUCAAGUGGAGCAAAUAACAAAAUGGUGGGAAUCUUCUAGAUUUAAAGGUAUCAAGAGGACUUAUCCUGCUGAAUUAGUUGCAUCACAUCGUGGUUCUUUUAAUAUUCAAUAUCCUUCAUCAAUCCAAGCAACAAAGCUAUUCAAUUUGUUAAAUGAACGAUUCUUGGAGAGAAAACCAGUUCAUACUAUAGGUUCAAUAGAUCCAGUUCAAAUAUCACAAAGUGCUAAAAAUCAAGAAAUUGCAUAUGUUUCAGGAUGGGCUUGCUCAAGUGUAUUAACUACCACUAAUGAAGUCAGUCCAGAUUUUGGUGAUUAUCCUUAUGAUACUGUUCCAAAUCAAGUUGAAAGAUUAUUUAAAGCACAACAAUUACAUGAUAGAAAAGCAACAUCUGAAUGGAUUCAAAACCCACAAAGAGAUCAAAUUGAUAAGAUUGAUUAUUUGAGACCUAUCAUUGCAGAUGCUGAUACUGGUCAUGGUGGAACAGGAGCAGUUAUGAAAUUAGCUAAAUUAUUUGCAGAAUCCGGGGCUGCAGGUAUUCAUAUUGAAGAUCAAUUACAUGGUGGUAAAAAAUGUGGUCAUUUAGCAGGGAAAGUUAUUGUCCCCACGUCAACUCAUAUUACAAGAUUAAUUGCAACAAGAUUACAAUGGGAUAUUAUGAAUACUGAAAAUUUAGUUAUUGCAAGAACAGAUUCUGAAACUGGGAAUUUAUUAAGUUCUGCAGUUGAUCCAAGAGAUCAUGAAUUUAUUUUGGGUGUUAUUGAAGAUGUUAAACCAUUAAGUGAAGUUUUGUAUGAAGCUGAGAGUCAAGGUGCUGAUUCUAGUAAAUUAAAUGAAAUUGAACAGUCAUGGCUUGAACAAAAUAAAUUAUAUACAGUAUCCGAAGCUGCUGAGUUGAAAUUAAAAGAAUUAGGUAAAUCAAUUGAGACAUUCAAUGAAUUCCAAGCCCAAUCAAAAGGUAAAUCAUUAUAUGAUACCAAACAAAUUUUUAAAGAAUUAACAUCUCAUGAUUUGAAACAUGAUAUCGAAGCACCAAAGACUCGUGAAGGUUAUUAUCCAGUUAAGAAUGGUAUUGACGUUGCAGUGAAAAGAUCAAUAGAGUAUGCACCAUAUGCAGAUUUAUUAUGGCUUGAAACUAAGACACCAAAUCUAAAAUAUGCACAAGAUUUCGCAGAAAGAAUUCAUAAAAUCCAUCCUGAUAAGAAAUUAGUUUAUAAUUUAAGUCCAUCAUUCAAUUGGAGUGCUCAUGGGUUCAGUGAACAAGACUUACAAAAUUUUAUUUGGGAUUUAGCCAAAGCAGGAUUUGUAUUACAAUUAGUUUCAUUAGCUGGACUUCAUACAAAUGCAGUAUCAAAUUUUGAAUUGAGUGAAGCUUUCAAAGAUCAAGGUAUGAAGGCAUAUGUCGAGCUAGUUCAAAAGAAGGAGAAAGAAAUUGGUUGUGAUGUCUUGACUCAUCAAAAAUGGAGUGGUGCUAAUUAUUAUGAUGAAUUGAUUAGUGCUGUUCAAAGUGGCUCAUCUCAAACCAGUUCUGUUGGUAAAGAUUCUACCGAGCAUUCGUUCUAG